GAGAAGCAGCAAUGGUGGAUUGUGUUUUUCUCCAUGGUAAUGUAACUGCAGAGAGCUUUGAUAGCGAGAUGAGCUCCGCGGGGAUGUUCCAGACGCAGAUCUCCGCGAUCAUGAAGGCGGCCGCGGUGGAGAUCAGUCAGUUGCUGGAGGAAGAGGCUGCAGCUCUUCAUCAGGAGAUCCGGAGGAGGAACCAGGAGAUCCAGGGACUGAAGACUGAACUACUGAGAGUCACUGCAGAGAGAUGCUCUGUCGGCGUACAGGUGGAGCUCAUGGACACGAGUGUAACCGCUCAUUCGCGGGAAGCUCAGACUGAUCAUCGCAGCCAGGAAAAGAUCGUUGUGAAGAAUCUCUCAGAGGAGAAACCUCACUUUACACAUGCGGCGGAUGUGAAUGCACAACUUUUGAAACAAGAAGAGUCUGUACCGCCGCUGAAGGAACCGGAGGAAGAGGAGCUCAGCGGACUGGAGUUUGAGAUGAAGAUCGAACAGGUGGAAGAACUUGUGGAUCAGACACUGGGUCAAGUUCAGGAAAAGCAGAAGUGUAAAGGACAAAACCACUGCCAUGACGGAAACUCUCGUUUAUGGUGUUCCGGGAAAGUGUUUGACCAUCCGGAAAAUCUUGUGGAGUCGGAACAACAUUCCCAGAGUUUUACAGAUCCAUAUGGGAUGGAGGAUCCGACGACCACGUCAACUCAGUCCGGUUUAUUGGCUGUUCUGCAGAACGAGAGCUUUGGCGUUGCAGACAUUGAGUAUGACUUGAAUCUUCAGGAUUCCCAUAGACACUCUCCCACAACGAGCUCAUCUGACUCGACGCCGUUCAACACACUCCCAUCCUCACAUUCAAGCUCGUGUUUGCCCAAAACGCUCCCACAGAGUCUGAAUGCCGGCAAGCACACAGAACCCAAACCCUUCCGAUGUGACGAGUGCGGGAAAGGCUUUACACAGAGGACUCGGCUGUUAACACACAGACUAGUUCACACAGGCGAGAAACCCUUCAGAUGUGACGAGUGCGGGAAAGGCUUCACACAGAGGACCCGUCUUUUAACACACAGACUAGUGCACACGGGCGAGAAACCCUUCAGAUGUCAUUUUUGCGGUAAGACUUUCUCCAGACAGGACAACUGUCUCAGACACGUGCGCUUGCACAGCGGACAGAGAUGAUGAACUUGGACACGAUCGCACACUCACACAAGGUUUUACAUAUCGUGUCUCAAAGUGAGAUUUCUUAGAAUUGUAACUGUGUUGAUAUUAGCUUUAGUUGCAUUUCUGCAUUAAGGCCUGUUACACACAUCUUACACUGUUAUUAUGCAACUUCUCCCUUGCCAUGAAAUACAUAAUGUUGAAACCACACCAGUAGGUGGCGGCAAAGCAUUGGUUUAACGAGUGAAGCCUUGUGUAUACUCGACGCGUCCGCAAGAGCGAGAAGGGCGCGUGGAAAAAAUUACGUCAUAGCUGUGGGCGGUCGUGCGCGUUGGACGCGCAAAACCCCAUAUCGCUUGACGGUGUGCACGGCACUUUUUAUAACAUCACGUGCGGCGCCGCAUCCGAAGAUGAACGACUUCGAGCCGAAUCUGACCAAACUGGUAAGAUCUGUACCAGCAUGUUUAUGAUGUUUUGAUACACAGAGACUUUUGCAUUGAUAGGCGGCCAUAAAAUCUAAUUUUGUGAACAGGAACACAUUUGCAUUAAGCACCUAGUUUGCACUUGCCCUGUAGAUGAAAUUAAGGUUUAAAAACUCUCCAAUUUAAGGCUUCAGUUGUUUAACUAGUUUACUUGCAGUGAACGUAGCCUACAAUAAACCUACUGCAUUUACCUCUUUUAUGAAUUAGCAAUUAAUAAACUACUAAUAAACAGCAAACUACUUCUUCACUGCUGAUUCCUGGUGGUUUAACGGUGAGCGCGUCAAAUAUAAACGCCUCGUCCGUUUGGAGAGGUGCGCGCGCAGUCAGCAGUCGUGCGGACACGUCGAGUAUACACAAGGCUUGAGUCACUGAGUUAUUCACUCAUCCGAUUCAUUCAGGCACAAAGCAGAAGUGAGUCGACGAAUCAUUUCGUUCAAAAACGCAGACUCAUUCGGUGACGAACUACUGUGCUGUUCUGAGAUGUGCAAUGGCUCUAAAGUUUAGAACUAUUUUCAUUGGUUAAAUAGAAGAAAAAGGAUAAUAUUGACAAUAUUGUGUCUAAAAUCUAAGUCACUAAAUAGCCUAUUAACUUAUUGUUUAUUGAAUUGUUGUUGGCCGAUAAAAUCAUUAUCGCGUUUGCAAACAAGCUGAUAUACGGGAAAAAGGGACUGUGCAAAAAAACGGGACUUUUUUGCACCAUAUCUUUUUGGAAUUAUUUUUUAUUAAUUUUGAUAGCAUUUUUGCUCCAAGUCACAUUAUUUAAUGGACCUCGGAUAACAUGAACUAACAAUGAACACUUGUGUUUUUAUUAACUAAUGUGAACAAAGGUUUAUAAAUACUGUAACAGAUGCAUUGCUCAUUGUUAAUGUUAAUUAAAGCAUUAACUAACCUUAACUAAUGUGGCUUUAUUGUAAAGUGUUACCAAAUUAAAAAAAAUACAUAUAAUGAAAAACUUAAACAAGCAGAAAAUAUAAAAAUACAAACUAAAUCAAAAUACGAUAAUCAUUGUAUAAUGAAAUUCGUAAACUUUCCCGUCUCCAUUUUUUUAUUUUGUUAAUAUUAGUUCUGGUGAAAGCCAAAAUAUUAAAUUUCAUGGCUGUAUAUUGCCUGAGUAAUCCACUGUUCUGUAGAGAUCCUCAUUGCAUGUCCAAAUUGUUGAAUAUAAUCUCAACCAUUUCAAUGGUUGAGAACCAAAUGAGUUGAUUUGCAUACAGCCAAUACUCAUUACAUUUAAAAGGCAAUGUCUGAAGAAUAAAAUCAUGUUGAAACUAGAAUUUUGUUUUGUUCUAUCAAAACAAUUGAAUAGAACAUUCCUGUCCAGUGCCAAAAAUACACUGAAAUGGUCAUGUUGAGGUACAGUAGUUGUAUUACUAACUUUCAGAAGUUUGUACAUAAAAAUCUAUAUUUUAAUUAGUCAGAGAUAUUUGUAAGAAUGGAUAUUAUUAAUUUUAAUAGCUUCUAAAACUUUGAAACUAAUGUCACACCUUUUAGGAAAGGGUUUGCUUUUCCAACACAUAUUCUCAGUAUUGACAUAAACCAUUGACCAAUGGCUAAAAUUCAACACUUUGGGCUUGGAGAUGAAUUGAGAUCCCCAUAUCUGUGGGAUUGAACCAUAUUGGGCCUUAAACAUUAAGAUACCAAAAGGGAAGUUUAUUAAGAACCAGAAUGUAAAAAUCAAACUGAGAUAUCUUUAAUACUUCUUGAGUUAAAGGCAUGCAAACUUUGGAAAAAGAGCUUUUAUGGCACUUGGACAGGAAUUUUCAAUGCAAUCGUUUUUAUAGGGGGAAACAAUGCAUUUCUAGUUUCAACAUUAUUUGUUCUUCAGAUAUUCCACUUAAAAAGAGAAAAAGCAUCAGCUGUAAGAAAAGUGACCCAAAUCUGGUUUUUUGACAUUGGAAAUGGCUAUGUACAAUUGAACAAUUUACUCUUGGAGCCACAUUGAGAUCCCCAUAUCUCUGAAACUGGACCAUAUCGGGCCUUAAAACUGAAGAUUUCUAAAGAAAAGUUUGUUAGGAACCAGAAUAUAGAAGGAUAUUAAGAUAUGUUUAAUACUUCUUGAGUUACAGGCAUUCAAACUUUGGGGGGGAAGUCAUGAAAAGUGCUUUUGCCCCAUGUUUGAACUGGCACGGUUGGUAUAUAAUGCAACAAAGAUUACAAAAGUCAAAAGAUUUCACUAAUAAAUCUAUCAAUCUAUGUGUAAAACUAAAUUAAUGAUGCUGUCAUCUCUCUUAAGUAAUUUUUAGCCCCCGUAAUUUGGCUCCGAACCUCAAAAUUGUAAUUAGUAAAUAGUCCUCCAUGAGAUUUAAUAUUUUGCUUUUCUACACCCUUUAUGUUUGUCUUUCACCAGAAAAGAAGUGAUCAAAGUCCGGGGACCCCUGGUUGAGUUAACCACUGCUAAUCCAGAUGCCAAAAUUAUAAUUUUUUAGGAAAUAUUUAAUGUGUUUUAAAUUUGUAAUUAAAAAUAAUAAUAAUACAUUUUAUUUGCAAUGUACCUUUCUUAUCCUCAAAGCGCUAUAAAAAAAACAAGCGAAACAAUACAUGAAAUAUUGGACGCAUGUGUGAAACAGGCCUGAUGCGUAAAGCUGAUGUUUGGAUCUUUAAUGUUUUAUCAUAUUCACUUUAAUCUGAAUCUCACACUUGAAAUUGUCGAUCAAACGUGUUGACAUAAUCGUCAGGGAUCUUGCUCUGUGUUUCCGGUCACAGAUUUGACCCUGGAUUAACCCUCAGUAAUCAUGACUGUGUAUUUGUAAACCUUGGCUUAUUUGCAUAUUUACAUUUUGACAUUUGUUGUAAGCAUGUUUUAAUAACUGAUCAUCCAUCUGUGGAAAUGUUGCCUCGUGAGUCUCUCGUUACACCAGUAACACACUUUAGUGGUGUCAUUUUACAAAGUACAUGAAUAUUUAAGUAUUUUCUAUUUAAGUAAAACUAAGGUGAGUGCUGUUGAGAUUAUGAUUAUGAGGAUUGAGCCUCGCUGCGUUGUGCAGUCGUGAAGCUCCAGGUUUUCUAAAGCUGUUGACCCAGGGUUCGGGAUCCAUUGAGCCACGCUGGUUGUUUGAAUACGUUUUCCUGCUCAAAGAAUAUGAACAAUGUUUUAACAUUUCUCUAAUGUCAACCUGUAAUGAUGCACCUGUGCUGUUUAUUUCUGCAUCACAUUCAGGGUUUUUCUUAUUAAACCCUUUUUUCAGAUUGAA